CUAUUAUAAUUAGUUUGCAUUUGUACUUACAUACGUAUUUAUCUACUUUCACGUUUACGUACGUAUGUACAUAUAUACUUCUGUAGAUACUUUUAAUAAUUUUAUGCAUGCCCAUUCAUAACUAACUAUAAGUAACUCGCCUACCAAUUUAUGUUGCUUGGCUUUAUGUACUUAUUAGCUCACCCUGCGUAGCAUGAGAGCUAUUGAAUUCCUCUUGUCCGUCUGUCUGUCUGUGUGUUAAAGACCUUUUUGCAUCAAUUGAUGCUAAUUAAAUAGGACCAUGUCCAUUUUUUGGGCAAUUAGUAGCACCAUUAUUGUGAAACAAACAGUACCGCAAAAUGGUGCGAAAUAAUUGGGGGAAUCGAUGUAUUCCGCACCAAUGGUUAAGAUUAUCUGAAAGUUCUUGUUAGUCGUGGCAGACAUAUCUUAACCUCGAAAUCAUGUCAAAAUUGUAUCUCAAUUUUACGCAUUUCGGCCGCACCAAUGGUGCAAAAUUUUAUCAAAUUUUUGUUAUUCCCCGCUUAUUCUGUACCAUUGGUGCAAAAUUAUAUGAAAAUUAUGAAUCUUUUUUGUCGGCUAAUUCUGCACCUUUGGCGCAAAGUUACAUAUACAACUCAUUAUAAUAGGGUCAGCUACUUCUAACGUUACAACGGUUUAUUUAUUUGCGACUUAAUUUUUAGUUCACAAAAUUUAUACCCAUAUUUUUAUCAUGUUCAUAAAAUAGUCCAUUCUCUUACUUAUCGCAUUUCUUUGAAUGGACGAUAAGUGAGCAUAAUAAGUAUGCUUAAACAAUGCUACAUAAAACUUAUUCUCUGGCUUCUCGUUCUACACCAUUUUCAUUUUCACAUUUACAGAUCCUGGCAAAUGGCUUGGAUAUUCAAUCCCAAUGUUCAUACCUAAAGCAAGAUGAAAGUAACCUGGUUGGUGUGUUGGAUUGUGUCGGUUUUAAUGCGUCCAUAUUUCUUGGAUGCUGCCCCACGUGAGCGUAAUUUCAACGACUGGCAGGAAACGCAUAGUCCAUGGGGCCGAAUGCUAGCGAUGAUGAGUGAAGUCCGAAGUAUUCAGUGUCAACGUGGUUUUUACAACAUCUCGGAUGCCGUAAUCGACUCUGCCUUCCAUUGUGCAAAUCUUAAGCAUCCUAAGAAGUCUCGGAUGCAUUUCCGAGAUGAAUUGGUAGAUUGGGAGGGAGAAUCGCCAAUGCUUUGUUUCAAAACGUGCGUAAUGAGGGAGUCUGGUGCUAUGAAUGACGAUAACACGGGAAUCGAUAAGGAGAGGGCACAUCGCAUGUUUUUUGCAGGGAUGAGGAAGCCUGGUGGUCACAUGUCAGUGGACGUAAUGACUGAGGAGUUGGUAGAAUGUGACCAAAAAUAUCCAACCGAAUUUCCCAGGCAUUACAGAAAUUGUACAAACACGGAAAAUAUCUUCCGAUGCUAUGGAGAAGUGCUGCAUGAAUGUGACAGAAUGGGAGAAAUGAAUGUCAGUGGUGAUGUCAAUGAUAAUAUUUCAAAUGACUACGAAUAACUUGACUAUAAAAUCGGAUUCCUUGGUCUGAGAUACAGUUUCAGUUGCUCAAAGUGUAAACUAAAGCACACUGACAGAUUUAUGUACGUAUGUACAUAUGUACAUAGUUAUAUAUAUGUGAAUAAACUUCAGUACUAAAACCAUGUAACACCAAUCGAGAGCUAUCGUUCUGAUUGCAUUUUAAUGAGGUUGUUUUGCACGAAAAUUCGGUGAUGGAGUUGCAUGGUAAUCAUUAUCUGGCAUUGUACAUUUAUAUGUACGUGGAUUGUCGUGGAUACACUUACAUGUGCAAAGUUCAUUAGAAAUUUUCACGGUUUCUUUACGUGAUGAUUAACACAAAAGUCUAAAUAGUCGAAAUAAUUUAUAAUUUAAGGACUUGCAUAUUUUACUUGAUAAAAAAUAUUAUGCAUUAAGAAAAAUGGAAGUCAAAAUGUUUGCAUUAUAUGCAAUAAGCGUAAUAGUUAUUUCUCUGUGUGAAGUUAACAGUAUAUCGGAUCGCAGUCGUCAAUUCGAGUUAAAUGAUGUUCACUGUGUCGAUUUCAACGACUCUUGUCCCCUGUGGGCAAGAGGUGACUGCAAUUCUCCGCUGAUGGAAUUCUACUGUGCAAAGUCAUGCGGAAAAUGUGAUAAGUGCCAAGAAGAACCUGGCGUGGACAAAAAAUGUGAUGUUUGGGCAAAGCGAGGAGAAUGUGAGAGAAGGCCAGAAUACAUGCAGACUCGAUGCCGAAUUAGUUGUGGACUUUGUCGUCCAAGUUAACCAAAUACAAUUAGUGUUUUAUGAAUGCAAUUAUUUACAUAUAUGUAAUUAAUGGAAAAGUUAAAAUUGAUUGUAAGGAUAGGUUGCAAAUAAAGUACAUAGUCUGACUGAAACCGUCAGAAAUUGAUUAUGUUGUGAACUCCCAAA